AUUAAGAUAAGAGCAGUGGACCGAGGUGCGACGGUUGCACUAGUAAAGGGUUCGUCGACUAAGGCUGUGUACAUACUGUAUUUCUAGUUACCGGCGGACCAUUUGGAGGAACUUUUAAGAACUGAUCGUGACUGUUGCUUCUAGGAAUCUACUGAUGACCUCUGGGUAACUUCACAGAAUCUGGAGUCUUCGUGAGCCACCCAGUUGACCCGCCCACUUACACCACAAAUAGUGUCACCUACUCACUCACUCCCAUUACACAGGUUCACAUCACGCCCAACUGACCUCCUCACCAUUGCUACGCCCACACUGACCUCUUCAUCCUUGCCACGCCCACAAUGACCUCACCAUUACCACGCCCACAAUGAUCUCACCACACCCACACUGACCUUCUCACCACUGCCACGCCCACAUUUUCUGUAUCGGCAACAAAAGUGAGUGUGGGUGUCGGCAUGUGGGCUUGCGGUAGUUGUGACCACCACCCGUGACACACCUGUCUUCUGGCUCACCACCACCCGUGACACACCUGUCUUCUGGCUCACCACCACCCGUGACACACCUGUCCUAACCUGCCGUCCUUUUCACUAUCCUUGUCGCAGUCACCAUGUGGAAAUUUACGGAUGAAAGGGGUGGGAUAAGGUUGUUGGUGUGCUGUGCCGUCCUGUUGCUGCACUACGCCCUGCGGGACGCCGUCAUCACUGCCCUCUCCACCAUAGCUGCUGAUCCUGCACCUUCAGACAAUACCACCACCACCUUCCUGCCUAAUGACACUACUUAUUUUACAACUGAGUCUGUAUUGACAUCCUUGAAAAGUGAACCAACUGUGUUAAGCCCAGUCUCUACUUCUAGUACAGACUCCACUAGUAAAACACCUACUGCUACCGAAUCAACUUUCACUUCUGCCUCACCCAGCAGUUCCGUCUCAACACCUAACACGUUCCACUCACAUGAAACAACUGAUUUUGUAUUUCGAAAAACACAAAGUAAUGAUCAGGUACAUCAAGAAAUUCGCGAGAGAUUCAGAUUCAAUAAAGAAACUUUCUUUAGAAAUAUGUUUAAGUUUGUUCGGCCAUCAGUGUUGGGAAGGUCAAGAACUAGUGACACUUCCUCAGAUGAUGUUGAUGAUGACUACGAGUACAGCGAACUACAGGAAUCAGACUCAAGCGUUUAUUUAGUUUCAGGAUCUGAUAAUGAGAAGACGACCGACGACUUACCACACCUCAAGGAAGGUUGGUCGUUGGUAAUUCAGGGUGUUGUGCUGAGCUCGGUAAACUGGACCAGCCUCCUCACUACACACUUCGCUGAUGCACUCAUUCGCAAGGUGGGCGUGGGCGUGGUGUUGGCGGGGUCGAUGGGCGUGGCGAGCUUCAUAGGGCUGCUCACCCACGCUGCCUCCAUGGGGGGUCCCUGGCUGCUCCUCUUCUCUAGGCUCGUAUUGGGGAUCACACAGGGGCUCAGUUUACCCUCCGUUCUGCGAGUGGUGGACGCCAUCCCUGACGUCUAUGUGAAAAAGAUGACCUUUCUCGUUAGUAUAGGAGGAGACUUGGGGACUCUGCUGGGUACAGGUCUGGCAGGACUUAAGCCAUGGUACUUGACGACGUAUCUGACGGGUAGCCUAGCCCUCCUGGUGACCGUACUCUGCAUCAUGUUACCCCACACCAGCGUCACCAAACAUUAUAAGGGAGCACCGUGGAAGGAGGUGGUGAAGAACAGGUCGGUGUGGAUAUUGUCGGGUAUACACGUCGGCUCCAUGUGGGUGCUGCAGACUCUGGUUGUGGCUGUGUCUUACCGCUUCACCUAUAUCUUCACUGAUCCAUCUGCUGGCGGGUGGUGGGCAAUGGGCGCGCCUCUACUUGGAUUACUGGUGGCUGGCUUCUACACUACGCUUACCUCCCUCUGUGAGGACGUGGAAUGGCUUAAUCUCUGCCUUGAAGGUGAUGAUAUUGAUGAUCAGGUGGAUGCGACCUGCUACGCUCUCAUUGCUAGAACCUGCCUUCGCUUCCUCAAGAAUAUUAAAGUUGUCAUAGGCGGUGUGAUUGUGACAGUGGCCGCUAUUUUAAUGGCUGUUGGAGGGAUGAACACAAAAAAUGGACUGAUAAAAGCAGCAGUGUCCAUGGGCUGUGGUCUCUACCUAAUGCAAUAUGGCAAUAAGCAUACUUUGAAAUCGCUUGCCCCCUGGGAAGAGUGGCAUCUCGUCAAGGUGUUCAAGGAAGCUGAGGUAGUGACCGCUGCGCUCACCCCUCUCUUGGUCACCGGCAUUGCCCAGAGUGGUGAAGGAGGGUGGGCGGCUGUGUGGGUGAUUCCUCUGGUGGUCGUCUUGCCGUCUGCUGUUGGUCACCUCUGUCUACCUACUACCAUCGACCUGCCCUGGGUUGAACCAAUAAAUAUCCCAGAUGGAGCUGAAGAGGGCAUAAGUUGUCCCACCUGGAAGUUCCCUCGAAGAAACAAUAACACAGUGAAUAGACCGAACACACCUACAGUACCACCCCGUGAAGUUCGUCAAUCUAUUCGGAGUGGCCAGAGCUUUUUUAGUGCACGGUCAGACUAUAGCUUCAAGACAGCUGUAUCACUGUCCAGGUCGCGGACUACCUCUGCCCGCACUGUGGAUGACAGCCUUGAGGGUGACAUGCAGAGUGCAGUGGAGUGCGCCAGUGUGGACUUUCACAGCGUUAUCGACGAGGCUGACCCAGAGUGUGUAAGUGUCGCCUCCACCAACACGUUUAAGAGUGAUGGACCAAGCAAGCAGAGAGGGGACUCAUUAAGGCAGCAACACCAACAUCGAGAUCAACAGUUUGGCUCAAUGCUCUCUAACGGCACUGACAGGACGGCUGCCUGGCUCAGCUCCCACCACAACAUUAACAACGGUCCCAGCGACAACGAACAGGCUAUAACGAAAAUCUGAUGUACUCUAAUACUUCAUUCAUUGUAAUAUUCAUUUUAUUUCUUAAUACUUUACUUAAUUAAAUGUAAGGUUUUGAAAUAGUACUCAUCUGCUAGCGUUUAAAGUGAGUAAAAAGGACAGCGAAAAAUAACUGGUAAUGUAUUUCCAUAAUUACAAUUUUGAACUUUACUUUAGAUAAUAGAAAAUACUUUUACCUAGGCAGAAUUUACACUUUCAGAUUAGAUAGAUAGAUAUUUCUUCAGUAAAAUGGUCAUACACGUUUACAAUUGGUCCAACAUGUAUAUAGACAAUACAGGUAUACAGUUUAGCAUGCCUAUAGUUAGCGUAUUUAUACAGUGUACAGUACAUAGAUAGUGUAGCUAUACAAACAAUGGUAAACCGUAAGGCACUUGGACCAAUAACAAAGCCAUCAAUUAUUUACUAAGGUGAUAAGGUCGUAUCCUCACUGCUAUUAUAUGAAGAUUCUUGUAUAAAAAACAAAUAACUGGAUUAUACGUGGUUAAAUAUAGUUUUGUUAAUAAAAAAAAAUAAAAAAAAUAAUAAACUAAUGUGUGUGUGUGUGUGUGUGUGUGUGUGUGUGUGUGUGUGUGUGUGUGCGUGUGUGUGUGUGUGUGAAUGUGUGUGUGUGUGUGUGAAUGUCAUGUUACUAAGUACGUAUAAUUUUGUGAAUGAAAAACAAAGAAAUUUGGAAAAUGACCAUGAAAUGUUGUUGUUAUUGUUGAUGGUGAUGAUGACAAUGAUAAUGAUAAUUCUAAUGAGGAUUGUGGUGACUGGUUAGGAUGAUGAUGAUGAUGAUGAUAAUGAAUAAACCUCCAGGUAAGUAAGGUAACCAGAUAUGUGUAAGGGCCGGAUAUAGUGAUGUCAAAUGUGAUAACUCUCGCCCUUAACACACACACAUUUUUGGAAUUGUUUUUAUUCUGAUUUUGUUUUUCUAUUGACAUAAUCAUUGUUUUCUUGUCUUUAAUUUAUAUAUUUACUGAGUAUAUAAGUUUUGUCUGGUAUAAUAGUGUAUCUUUAUAUUAUAUUACAUUGUUAUAUUGUUUGAUAUCUGGUUAUAUUGUUUGGUUUUUUUCAGCGGCCAGAAUCAAGAGCACACAUGUACACAUCAGACACGAAUGUACGCACACAGCCUCCCUUUAUUAGUUGUCACUUGUCACUUGAUUUACUCAGGGGUGUAAAAUGUUUUCUCUUGUCUGCUGUUACUUUUGUUCAACGGGUAUAUUUUAAUCGAACCUUUUAUUAUACCAGACACAUGUAAAUAGUGUGUAGAGAAUAUUUAUUAAUCUUCAGUUAUUCCAGAUUUGAAUAAUUGCUAUAGUUGUGUCAGUUAAAAUGUUGAUAGAUGUAUUAUGUGAAUUAUUUAAGUCUCCCUACACCUGAGAGUGGACGGGAUACAGGGCCAAUAGUCACUAGUUUGCUCCCAGGUCACUUGAAGUCUUCACUGUGUUGCAUCCAUUCUGCUACUCACGACCCAUCAGACCUACAGUACCUAAAACAAUUGUUAUGUUAGUGUUUUGAUUAGCAUGAGGUGACACUGUAUAUGAGGUAAUACUGUCCAUGAGGUGACACUGUCCAUGAGGUGACACUGUCCAUGAGGUGACACUGUCCAUGAGGUGACACUGUCCAUGAGGUGACACUGUCCAUGAGGUGACACUGUCCAUGAGGUGACACUGUCCAUGAGGUAACACUGUCCAUGAGGUGACACUGUCCAUGAGGUGACACUGUCCAUGAGGUGACACUGUCCAUUACCUGCUACACAGAUGGUCACAUAUUUAGGUAUACAGGCUUGAGUUUUGUCUUACUGAGUCGAACCUGAUUGUCUCAGCAGCCAUUUUCUCAGAUAUGUUGAGUACAAGCUGGCCUAAAGUCAGGAUAUAUUUUACUACAGUAUAACACAGAAGACAAUAUCAUCCUGUAUUCUCAUCACAGUUUACAUGGCUCCAGUGUUUGUUGAUAGUUUAAUUUUUUGGGGGUGAAGCUUAAUUUGCAUAAUAUAAAAGAAAUUUAAGCCAUGUGGGUUGUACAGAUUUGAUCAAGAACAAAAGAUAAAAUAAUGAUCUAUAUUAUCUCUUAAAGUGUACGCAAAAUAUCAAUGGAGUUAUUUAUUUUUAUUUAUUAUUUCACCACUUAUCACCUUAAUAGCCGUUCGGGCGGUUAUUCUGUUCUGUGUUAGUUUGUUAUAACAUUUAUUUACCCAGUGUUGGUACAGCAAAAACCCGGAGUACAGUAGCUGGAUAAAACCUGUAAUGUCUGGUAGGAAUACACUGGAUAACACCCCUCUCACACCUGAUCACAGUAGGGAUUGAACCCAGGUCAUAUGCUGGGAGGGGAGAUGCAUGCAAUUCAGCUUUGCCACCAACAAAAUCUUCCCAUAUAAUAAAGUUCUUAAUAUUUCUAGUCAGAGAAGUAAUUGAAAUAUAUAGAGAAUGCUUAUGUUAUACAAUACUGAUAUAGUCAUUUAAUAUAAUAUCAUGCACCAAGAUACUAACCCCGUCAUUGAGAAUUAAUCAGCCGCCAUUUCAUUAACAAAGUAUAAUAGGGUCUGAUUUUAUAGUCUCUUUAAGUAAGUAAACUUUACCUAUUGAAUACAUCUUAAAUUCUAUUAUUUUUGUUUGUGUUUUGUACUUUGUAAUUUAUUCUUAACAGUUUUAGUUCUCAUCUGAUGCAAUUUACCAAAUGGGAUCACAGUAAUUGAGAUGUUUUGUUUUUUAUUUAGAUGAAGAAAGUAAAUAUUAAUUAUUAUCAAAUCAUAGUACAGUCAGUUGAUGUUAGUAUACACGGGGAAGACAGUCAUAUAGACCAAAGUGGUACAAUACUUAUUAUACUUUACUUAUUUUUUUUAGAUAAGUAUUUUAUAUUGACUUGUCUAUCAUAGAGUAUCUAGGUAAGAAAAGGAAACAACUUUACAGAUAUUUAGGAAUUUUAUAUUUUUUGUAAUGUAUUCUGAAGUGAUAAAGAAAUGUUUUGUAUUGUAUUCAGUUAUAUUUUAAAUUAUUAGAAUAAAAGUUAAUGGCAACUGUUCUGAACAAAAAUUAUCAAAGUUUUCAAUAAAAUGAAUAAAUCAAACUAUAUAUUAGUCAUGGUUAUAUCUCUCAAUAUUAACCUUUAUAAAACACAACACUGACUCUUCACACAAUCCUAUUACAUACCCUCACACUUGGUGCCCUUCAGAAAAUGCAAAUAAUUUAUAUUCCAAGGCUGAG